AGCUGUUUGUCACUUUUGGGUGUCGCUCCACACAGAAGCAAAAACAACUGAUUGUGCGCGACAGACAAGCUGACAUUAAAAAAGUCAGCCUGGACAGAAAGGGGAAACUGAAGCCGUGACACAGGAAACUCCCACAGAGUUCUCGUCAAUGUUCAUAAGGAGCUGUCAGACAAGAAGGAAGCAGUGACGACUGACGGACAAAGGAAAAGUACUCCUCAUCAAUGAGAACAAGUGAGCUGGUAUAUGUAAAACAACAGCCUCGCCUCUGAGGCCCGGGCGUCUUGAUCAUGUGAAGAUACGCAGCUGAAAGACUAAAAAAGAAACAGGACUCGGUCGACCCUUGCUGUCCGGUGAGGCGAUGGCUCUCCUUUGGAUCUUGAUGUGGUCGGUACUCCCGAAUCGGGCUCUCCUCUCUGGGCAGGAUCGAUGCGACCUUCAUAAGAGCAGCAGCAGCAGCAGCAGCAUGUCUCCGUGGCUGCGGUCCUUGCAAUGCCACAAUGACUACAGGUCUCAUGUGGAGUGUAAGUGGAAGGCACCAACAAACCCGACCCUGCAGGUCUGGGUGAAGGAAGCUAGCGACAGGAGCAGUGAGUUGUGUGUGCCUGUCGAAGCAGAGAAUGCAACAGAGGAUGGAGUUGUCCGCUGCAAAUAUGAAACUCCUGUAUUUACCAUGGGCAUCAACCAUACUGUCUUCUUCACGGACAACCGGACGACGAGCCUCUGCUCAUCCUCCCAGCACACACCUCAGGAUCUCGCACGGCACUUGAGAGCCCGCCCGCCGGGGAAUCUGUCUGUGUCUGAGGGAAGCAACGGAAGCAGAACGCUGCGGUGGUCCAGCCCGUAUCCUCCGGCGUCCUCCCUGAACGAGAACCUCACGUAUCAGCUCAGCUUCAGGGCCCAGGCUGAGGACAGUUGGACUAUUGAGACCGUUGAGAACACCAGCCUGACAGUUGAAACACAGAGGAUGCUUCCUGGCCGUAGAUACGAAGCCAGGGUGAGAAGCAGGGCCGGUCUGGGCUGGUGGAGCGAAUGGAGUCCUGUGGUGGUUUGGAGAACUGCAGACGACUUGGGGCAGGUUCCCUCUUUGCACUGCGUUCUGGAAGGAGAGAAGCAAGUGAUGUGCAGCUGGGAGGUGAGCAGAGAGCUGGCUCGUCUCAUCACCUAUCAGCUGGCCUGGCGACACAACCACACCGCGCAGUUUGAGAGACGCUGCCUGAACCCAGCUGUGACUGAUGACACCAGAGGGACUGAGGUGAGGUACAGCUGCCUUCUCACUGAUGUGGACCCUGAGCGUCUGACGCUGAGGCUCCUGCCGACACACAAUGCCAAGACCUUCGUAGCCCACAAACACAUCCGUCCCGACUCGCCACAGCGGGUGAAAGUGAGGGAGGAGAACGGUGACUGGGUCGUGGAGUGGUCUGCACCAGCCACGGCACCUAUAGUGCUGUUUUAUCAGGUCUGGUAUUACAGUGCAAAACAUCAGGGUUCUUCCGUGCAGCUGAACAUCUCCGGCGGGUCCACAUGCGUCACCAUCCUGGGAACAUCACUUAUCCCGCUCCAGGACUAUGAGGUGAAAGUCAGGUCGCUGGUCGCCCCUGGACACAGUUUCAGCUACGAAGGAAUCCCCUCAGAAUGGUCCAAUCCUGUGAACUGGACCUCAAAUGAAGCCACCUGGUCAGUCACCAAACUGAUUUAUUUCUUCAGCGGUCUGAUUGCAGCCGCGGCCUGUCUGGCUCUGUACCACACCGUUCCAGUUUGCCAGAAGAAAGUUGUGUCUUGGGUGGACUCGGUUCCCUCUCCAGGCAAAAGCAAGAUCCUGUCUGAGAUCAAGUCCUCCCCAUCACCAACCCUCAUGCAGAGUGAGAGGACGUUCAUUUGUAGCAUGCCGUACCUGGACAACAUAUCAACCUGCUCCACAGAUGCUUUGCUGUGGUCGACCGAUGGCACUGAGAAGAAGUGUGAGGAUCAGGACGGGAGCUGCUGGAAAUGCGAGAACUUCCCCUCCCCUGCUGAUGACGUUAACAACUUGGACAAGUCAUCAAUGAGCUUCAGUGGGCCUUACAUCUUCUGUCAGGCAUCAGGACCCAUGUCAGUGAAGGUCCGGCAAAACGAGAUGAGUGAAACGUCAUCCGACGAAGCUGCACCUCUGGUCCCGGCCCCGUGCCCUCCUAAUGAUAAAGAUUACGUGUGCCUUCCUGGCCAAACGCUCUCAAGGUCCACAGAGGACCUCACGUCCCGCGGCAGCUCUGGCCCCGAAUGGACCGACAGUCCUCAGCAGGACCAGCACCGCACCAACGCCACGCUGCGGCCCGCUCAGGCUGAGGGCCAGCAGCCACGCUUCGAAGAGCCCACGGAGAAAGCUCAACCUUCCGAGUACACGUCAGGACCGGUCCCCUCGUGGCCUCAAGAGGGCGCUAAAUUUGGCUACUGCCAGCUCCCAGCACCCUUCACGGCAGCGCCGAAAUAAACAGCAGCAUGCAAGAAAAGAGCAGAUUUCAGAAGAAUAAAGCAGGAUUUUUUUGGGGAACUCAGUUAAUGAUUUUUGUAAGCUAUCUACUUUAUUUUAAGCUGCUUAAGCUUUUACUGGGGGAAAAAAACAUUUAAAUAUUGUUGCACAUGUGUUUUAUGUUGCUUUUAUUGAUUUUAUUUUAGAUGUAUAACCAAACAUCAGUUUACAAAGUAAAUAAAGAGUGCAGUUACGUAGUUUUUGCAUUCUAGGGAGAAGAAUAUGAUUUUUUUUUUGUUGAGAAGAUGCUGACGCAGGUUCAGAACAUUGAUGCUAUGAGCUUAUUCGGGAUUCAAUUUCAUGUCGAGAGCAUUUUCAUUUUAAUAAACAUUUAAUACACAA